GAGAACAGGUUAUUUUUCAAAGGAUACGAACCGAUCUGUGGAAAAGAAUGGCAACUUGGUUUACCUUUAUCAUCGCAAUUGUUAUAACGAUUUUUACGCAGGUAAUUUUACAGUUAAACUAUUUUUGGAAUCGUUCAUGCCUGGAUGUGACACAGCAAUAGUGUUGUAAUGCACAAUAUAAUAUCAUAUAAUACGCCUAUAAUAAUGCAUAAAGUAAAUGCUUGCAAAGCAAUAUUGUUUUAUAUGCAUUAAUUGAUUAUGCUCCUUUAGGUUCUGGGAUCUGGUGUAUUCGAGCUUGAUCUUCAUCAGUUUCAGAAUAAUAGAGGUUUGCUGGCAAACGGCAUAGCCUGCAGUCCAGCCUGUAGGACUUUUUUCCGAGUUUGCUUGAAGAACUACCAGACCAUAGUGUCACCAGGUGACUGCUACUUCGGCAGUGUCGUUACACCUGUACUAGGCAACAACUCGUUCAGCGUUAUGGAGGACGGCACGUUCACUAAACCUAUUCGCCUGCCACUCACCCACUUUGCAUGGCCGGUAAGACGUUAUGCACUGCCUAUAAUUGAAGUGGUUGAGAAUAUACAGUAUCUGCCUAUUGAUACAUGGAACAACGGUGUUUGCAAUGAGAUAGAUGGUGAAGAGCGUCCAUAAGCAUAAAUCCAAGGACUGCACUAGACUAUAUGGAUGUAUGUAAUAUGAAAUAUUAGGAUUUAUGAAGUCAUAACAUGUUAUUAGCCUAGGCUACACAUAUCAUUCAAUAAUGUUUUUUAAAGAAAAAAAGUAACAAAAUGAUGUGCAACUGUAACAAUGAAAUAGUUUAAAUGGUAGACCCUUAUUUUUUCCACAUGUCCUUCUAGGGUUCGUUUUCUCUAAUAAUUGAAGCAUGGUAUUCUCCUUCAGCGGAUCUACCUGAAGGUGAGUAGUACGCAGCAUACAUGACCACCGCUAGGUGGCACUGCUAUAUAUGCAUGACAAAUACUCCCUAUGCCAGGGGUCGGCAGCACGCGACCUGCGUGCCAAAACCAGCCCCCUAAUCAUAUUGUCUCAAUGUAAUCAAGUCAUGAAAUGAUUGUUAUUUUAAAAUACAAUCUAUUUUUUGGUUUAGCUGUGGUCAAUUUGCAGUGUACAAAUUAUUAUAAUUAAUUUACGGCCCCCCAACCAUUCACUCGGACAAAAAUCACCCCACGGCUGAAUCUAUUUGCCUAAACCUGCCCUAUGCACUAGAAUGAUAUCAUUAAGCAGUAUAAAUACAUGCAAAUUUAUACAGACAUUUUGCAGUUACAUAAAUGUGAACGUGUUGAUGUCCAUGUGUAAGGAUGAGUUACGUGCAACAGAGCACUUCUUUUAUGCUCUGUCUUCAACACAAUCGCACUUCCUUUGGUUUAUUUUAAGCGUGGGAAAGUGUGCAAGUCUUUAGUGAGGAUAUCUAAACCUUGCCAAAAGCCUCUGACGGCCUUUCCUGUAUUUUACACCUUUUACUGUUCCGCCCUUUGGAAGGGGAAUAAUGGAUUGAAAAUGUUUUGCUGACAUAAAGGAAGAGGACAUUUCAAUCACAGCACACUUAAACCAUUUGAAAGAAUAGCGCACAGGCAUUGAUACACUAUAUAUACAAAAGUAUGUGGACACCUCUUCAAAUUAGUGGAUUUGGCUAUUUCAGCCACACCCGUUGCUGACAGGUGUAUAAAAUUGAGCACACAGCCAUGCAAUCACCAUAGAGAAACAUUGGAAGAAGAAUGGCCUUACUGAAGAGCUCACUGACUUGCACCUUCAUGGGAUGCCACCUUUCCAACAAGUCAGUUCAUAAAAUGUCUGCCCUGCUAGAGUUGCCCCAGUCAACUGCAAGUGCUGUUAUUGUGAAGUGGAAAUGUCUAGAAGCAACAAUGGCUCAGCCGCGAAGUGGUAGGCCACACAAGCACACAGAACGGGACCACCGAGUGCUGAAGCUCGUAAAAAUCUGUCCUCGUUUGCAACACUCACUACUGAGUUCCAAACUGCCUCUGGAAGCAACAUCAGCACAAUAACUGUUUGUCGGGAGCUUCAUGAAAUGGGUUUCCAUGGCCGAGCAGCCGCACACAAGCCUAAGAUCACCAUGUGCAAUGCCAAGUGUCGGCUGGAGUGGUGUAAAGCUCGCCGCCAUUGGACUCUGGAGCAGUGGAAACGUGUUCUCUGGAGUGAUGAAUCACACUUCACCAUCUGGCAGUCCGACAGACGAAUCUGGGUUUGGCACAUGCCAGGAGAACGCUACCUGCCUCAAUGCAUAGUUCCAACUGUAAAGUUUGGUGGAGGAGGAAUAAUGGUCUGGGGCUGUUUUUCAUAGUUCGGGCUAGGCCCCUUAGUUCCAGUGAAGGGAAAUCUUAACACUAUAGCAUACAAUUACAUUCUAGACGAUUCUGCGCUUCCAACUUUGUGGCAACAGUUUGGGGAAGGCCCUUUCCUGUUUCAGCAUGACAAUGCCCCCAUGCACAAAGCGAGGUCCAUAAAGAAAUGGUUUGUCGAGAUCGGUGUGGAAGAACUUGACUGGCCUGCACAGAGCCCUGACCUCAACCCAUUCGAACACCUUUGGGAUGAAUUGGAAUGCCGUCUGCGAGCCAGGCCUAAUCGCCCAACAUCAGUUCCCGACCUCACGAAUGCUCUUGUGGCUUAAUGGAAGCAAGUUCCCGCAGCAGUGUUCCAACAUCUAGUGGAAAGCCUUCCCAGAAGAGUGGAGGCUGUUAUAGCAGUAAAGAGGGGACCAACUCCAUAUCAAAACCCAUGAUUUUGGAAUGAGAUGUUCGACUAGCAGGUGUCCACAUACUUUUGGUCAUGUAGUGUAUACCAUAAACUGAAAACUUGCAUUAAAUGUACUUUCUAUAUAUCCUUUAGAGAUAAAUAAUUCAAGACAACAAUGUCCAUUGUUUGUUUUGACCUUUUUAACAAGCAUAGACUGCAUGCAUGCAAUGAUACCUAUUUGAUAAGGCAAUGAAAAAAAGGACGUUAGGCCACACUAUCUUGAUGGAUUUGUUUUGUUCUCUAUUCCCGCAGAUACAAACAACCCUGCCUUAUUGAUUAGUUCUUUUUGCAUCCAAAGAAAGUUGGAAGUAGGGGAUGAGUGGUCCCAGGAUGUGCAGAGUGGGGGGCAGACAGAGUUAAGGUACUCAUACCGGUUCAUCUGCAUUGAAAAUUACUACGGGGACAGUUGUUCCAAAAUAUGUGCUCCAAGAGACGACCGUUUUGGCCACUACACCUGCAACCCUGAAGGGCAAAUAUCAUGUCUACCGGGCUGGAAGGGAGAAUACUGCGAAGAACGUAAGCAAUCAGAGUGAAAUGUUCUGGGUUUCUGAAGAUUUUUCACAUUAUGUACUAGGAUGUUAUUUCUCAAAUUAGGCCUAUUUGCAAAAUGGGGUCUAUAGUGUCAAGAUGCUGCUGCUCUAGAAAGGCUUGGAUCAUAUUUGUAUUUUGGAGUGACAAGGUUGAGAGAAAAAACUGUAGCUCCCUCCCAACCCAACCCCUUUAUCCCUAGAUGUUUUACCACUUUGGCCACGUGGGUAGAAUAAUCCCGGGUAGCAUUCUGGAAAAGCAGCACGCGCCGAGUUAAUCGCGGCAUUAUUAUCCGCCACGCGCCGCUAAAUUGCGGGCUAUUUUGUUGAGCGGGAGGGCAGCAGCUGCAAACAGGGUUCUAACAGCCUACGAACAACAAUGGGGCAGCUGUCCUCUUUUGAGAGCAAGCAUCUGCUCAGACUUAACCAGCCGUUAAACACUAGUCUUGUAACCAUGCAAAAUCAAUGUCACAUAUAACACAACACAGAAGCAGCAAAUUAAGGUUUCUUUAUAAAUAGACAGGUACAACAGGUUUGAUGCUACAACAGUGGAAAUGUGAUUCCUAAUCCAAACCAGAAGCUUAUGAUGUAUUGUUGCAUGAGUUGACAAAAAAUUUAGUUAAUGUUUUGUCUCAAUUUUAUAUGCAGCAAUUUGCCUUGAAGGGUGCAGCAAAAAUAAUGGAAAUUGCUCAAGGCCAGGAGAGUGUGUGUAAGUAUACAAUAGUAAUUAUAGUGUGUGUGUGUGUGUGUGUGUGUGUGUGUGUGUGUGUGUGUGUGUGUGUGUGUGUGUGCCUGCAUGUGUAUAUGCCUGCAUGUGUGUAUGCACACAGUGCUAAAAGUGUGGUGUUUUUUCUGUGACAGAUGCAGAGAGGGUUGGCAGGGCAACUUCUGUGAUGAGUGUAAGAGGCAUCCGUCCUGCAAACACGGCACCUGUCAGCAGCCCUGGCAGUGCACCUGCAAUGAGGGCUGGGGAGGCCUCCUCUGUGACCAAGGUUAGUGUUUCAGGCUCCUCUGGGUCAUGCUGUGAAACAAUACAGAAGUACAGCAGUUCAAAAGCCCUUAGGGGGAAAACACAGGACAUCCUAUAUGAGUAGAAAUAUGACAUGUUCCUAUGAUAUUGCAAGAACAAGAGUCAUCAGGCGUUCUGAUUAUGAUAGGAGAAGAGAGGCGGGGAAUAACUGUUUUUCAUAUAAACAUUUGUCCACAGAUCUGAACUAUUGCACCCAUCACAAGCCGUGUCGUAACGAGGCCACCUGUAUGAACACGGGCCAGGGGAGCUACACCUGUACCUGCCAGCCAGGCUUCACAGGGGACAAGUGUGACAGCGAGGUCAGGGAGUGCGACAGCCAGCCCUGUCGGAAUGGAGGCCUGUGCUUGGUAAGCCUAUCCGUUUCCCACAACACACAGCACACACAGGCUUUCCUGUUUUUGUUUUUCCUGUAUCCACAUCUCUGGGCCAGUAUAGAAAAAUGCAACAGACAGACCUUUAGCCAGAUCACUGACCCAGUUCACAGACUCUCUCCUGUAAAUUAAUGUUAUUCAAACUGGGGCAAAGGGGGCAUGAUGAGAUAAUAAUGUAGAGUCGCAAAGGCAUCGAAAUGAGAGGCACAGCAACAAACCUACAGUGGUCUUUGCUGGAAUUGUUUCCUAUGACAGUGGGCUGUGAUAACCUCUGACUCUCUGUGACCCACAGGACCUUGAGAACGGCUAUAGGUGUGCAUGCCCACAGGGGUUCGAGGGGACGCACUGCGAGCACAGAAUGCUGACUUGCGCCGAUUCACCCUGCUUCCACGGGAAAUGCAGAGAAAGAGACAACGGGCGGAGCUACUUGUGCGAGUGCCCAGGGGGCUUCACUGGACUCAACUGUGAGAAGAAAGUGGACAAAUGCACCUCCCUGCCCUGUACAAAUGGUAUGUGAUAGUUUCCACUCUCUCUACAUCUCAACAACAAGGAUUGUCUUCGAGUUAUUUUCUACACUGUCAGUACAGCGCCUUUACUCAAACAGAUCCAUUUGGAAUGUUCUCUCUAGAGACAUCUGCAUUAGAGCUAACUUAAAGUGAAUGUGAUGUGCACUUUUUGAUAACGCUGGUCUGCUCUAUUCAGGUGGACGUUGUGUUAUCCACGGCACCACACGCUGGUGCAGCUGCCGCUCAGGAUUCACCGGCCCACGCUGUGAGAUUAACAUCAACGAGUGUUCCAUGAACCCCUGCGCCAACGGAGCCACCUGCAUGGACCGCAUCAACGACUACACCUGUAUCUGCCCCCUGGGCUACAAUGGCCGCAACUGUGACAAGCCUACUGACCGCUGUGCCCCCAAACCCUGCCGAAACGGUGGGACAUGCACCGAUGGGGCCAAAGGCCAGCCCGCUGCCUGCACCUGCCCAGCACACUUCAGUGGCCCCCAGUGCCAGUACUACAACGUGCCUUUACUCAUCUCCCCCAGCCCCAGCCCCAGCCCCGUCAGAGAGCCCCUGGACAGGCUCCACUGGGCAGCCAUCUGUCUGGGUGUGGGCCUGGUGGUGCUCCUGGUGCUGAUCUGCAUGGUGUCCAUGGUCCUGCGCCACAUCCAGCAGCAGAGGAAGAGGGAGCAGGCCUCAGAAACCAUGAACAACCUAUCAGAUGUCCAGAAGGAGAACCUCAUAUCUGACCUGCAGCUGAAGAACACCAACCAAAAGGUGGACCUGGACCUGGAGGUGGAUUGUCUCAGGGAGAAGUCACAAAACCAUAAACACAUCAACUACCACUUGGACUACAAAACCUCCAAGGACUACAAGGAUGAACCAUCACAAGAGGAUAAAGAUGACAACUGUAAAAAGACCAUAGAGGAGAAAAUGCCAUUGACUAGAAAAUACAGGUAAGUUCCCAAUGGGGACAGACGACAAUUCAACGUCUAUUCCAUGUUGGUACUGAAAUGACGUGGAAACAACGUUGAUUCAAACCAGUGUGUGCCCAGUGUGUAGAAAUGCUGCUUGCAGAUGACAACCUGGAUAGAUUUAGAACCUGGAUAGAUACUAUUCUCCAGUGUUUGAUAAAUGACAGUGGUUUGGAUUUGUGCUUGAGUGUUGACAUGUUUUCCUUUUCAUUUACAGCGAAAGGCCAGAGUGUAGGAUAUCAACGAUAUGUUCUCCAAGAGAUUCAAUGUACCAGUCUGUGUUUGUGAUAGCAGAGGAGAAAAAUGAAUGCGUCAUAGCAACUGAGGUAAGCUUUUAUUUUCACAUUUCCUCUGAACAUGUUCCUGCAACUCUUGACACCAUGUCAUUAACAGUUAUCAAUCAGCAAUGCCAAAGUUGAUCAAGGUUUCCAUUACAUUGCUCCGAUGAUUAAAUGUAUUUCCUUUUUUUCUUCUCCUAGGUAUAAUACAUGGAUGGUAUCAGACAUUCUGAAGAAUGGAUAUCUUCUGGACUGUUUACAGCUGUAGAAUUAGACUGGGAUUUAUUUAACUGCAAAUUGCUGCUCUUGAAAACUUGAUAACUGGUCCGAGCCUGUGUGCUCUAUGAAUGCAAUAGGACUCAAACUACAGACCUUUGUUAAUAUGUAAGGACUGAACAGACUGUAAUUGAGAAAUAAUGUAGACUUUUGGACGUUUCACCCUCGGUGUGUACUGACAGAUUCAGCCCCUUGACAGAACAUCCCACCAUAUCCAUGGGGGAAAACGCCUAUGUUAAUGCCAGCAUGCCCAUUAGCAGGAGGAGAGGGCUCUGUCUGGAGAUACUCCACCUUAUUGUGAUAAUUAGCAACCAACCAAUCAACUUACUGCCAACAAGCCUGUGGAAGGAGCCAACUACUUCAAUUUCUCUACCCUGGUGAAGUGAUAUAUAAUAAGGCAGACUUUGUUUAAUAAACUUUCAAGGAGAGGAAAAAACAAAAUUCUGGAAACGGUUCAUUUUAUGAGAAUAUUUGAGACCCAGGCCUAUGUCAAUUUUGUAAAUUAAAUUUUAAACUUUUAUAAACAAUGUAUGCAUCCCGAAUCACAGAGCCUUAAGUAUGGGUUAAAGAGCUAAAUUGGUGCCCAGCUUCUUCUUGGAUCCAGUGCACAACAACAAAAUGAAGGGAAAAUACUUUGAAGAGAAAACAACUGAUGCAAUACAUGAUGCAGUGCCAGGGGGUUUCAAGAAUAAGCAAUAUUUACUUCUUAUUAUGCAACAUUGCCCAGAAAUGAAGACAAAGGAAAACAAAAGUGACUAUCAUACCAAGGACGCCUUUAAUUAGAGUUGACUUCACUGAACCAAUAAUGUUAUUUUUAAGAUGAGUAUUUCACUAGUUAUUUAAAUAUUUUUAAGCACUGGCCUUUCUAUGUUUUAUAAGAUUAUUUUGUAUAUAAUGUAUAUUUAUAAAUGUAGAAGUCUGUGUACAACUGUUUUUUAUUUUAUGGCCAAAAAGUUGAAUUUAAGUUUUAAUGUUGUUGUGAUUGUUGUUUUUUAAACAAUUAACAAAUAUCUGGUACACUGUCGUUUGUUGGCUUCAUGUUGAGUAGAUGUGGUCAACUAUAGAGCUAUAAAUAUGCCUAGAUAUUGGAAUGAUCAAGAACCUUCAGUUGAAGUCCAUCACCUGUUGUGGAAAUGGCUUCAUUGUCUAGAUAAUGUAUGACGUAGCAGUUCUAAUAAUCACAUGUAUACGGUGGUGAGAGGCAUGUGUGUCAAUGUGAUGUUAAAUCAAUGUGCUCGCAAUCAUUCAGUGGACAGUUUUGUAUGUGACAGCAAUGUGAGAAAUCUGGACAAAGUUAUAUAUUAAAACAUGUAAUGUUAAAGUACAGUACAC